AUGAUCAUGGCUGAGUCCGUCCCCUGGUGGAAAGAUGCCACUGUGUACCAAAUAUGGCCGACCAGCUUCAAAGACUCAAAUGGGGACGGUAUUGGAGACCUCCCCGGGGUUAUUUCAGCCCUGGAUUAUCUUAAAGACCUUGGGAUUGACACGAUAUGGCUAUCGCCCAUUUAUCGAAGCCCUCAAGUGGAUAUGGGCUACGAUAUCUCAGAUUAUGAGGCGGUGUACGAGCCUUUCGGCACGAUGGCAGAUAUGGAAGACCUCAUUGCUAGCUGCCAUAGUCGAGGAAUGCGCCUCAUUCUCGAUUUGGUGAUCAACCACACCUCUCGGGAACAUGCCUGGUUCAAAGAGUCCCGGGAAUCGAAAGAAAACCCCAAAAGGGAUUGGUAUAUAUGGCGCUCUCCCGUAUAUGAUGCUGAAGGACAUCCACAUCCUCCGAACAACUGGCGAAGUGCAUUUGGUGGGAGCGUUUGGGAAUGGGACGAAUUGUCCCAAGAAUAUUACUUGCACUACUUCACCCCGGACCAACCAGAUCUGAAUUGGGAAAAUGAGGAGACCCGAAGGGCCAUCUUUGACUCGGCGAUCACUUUCUGGCUCGAGAAAGGCGUGGAUGGUUUUCGUAUAGACACCGUCAACAAAUUUAGCAAGCCCCCCACGUUCUUCGACGCCCCCGUCUCCGACCCAACAUCCCGGUGGCAAUACGCCUACAAUCUCUUCUGCAACGGUCCGAAGAUCCACGACUACCUCAAAGAAAUUAACGAGAAGGUUUUGUCAGCCUACGGCGAGAUCAUGACCGUCGGGGAGCUGCCAUGUACUCCUGACCGCCACGACAUCGUGCGGUACGUCAGUGCCCACGAGCGCGAGCUCAACAUGGUCUUCCAUUUCGACAUGAUCUAUUUGGGCAUGGGAACGGUGAAAAAAUACAUGUUUGAGCCGUUCACCUUGACCGACUUCAAACGGGCAUUGUCCAAGUGGCAAUACUUUAUUGACGGCACGGACACGUGGACCACGGUCUUUGGCGAAAAUCACGAUUCCGCACGAUCUGUGUCUCGAUUCGCUUCUGACGCGCCCGAACAUCGCGCGACCUCGGCGAAACUCCUCGCCCUUUUGUUUAUCACUCUGACUGGCACUCUCUUUAUCUAUCAAGGACAGGAAAUAGGUAUGAUAAACAUCCCUCCAACCUGGGGGGUGGACGAGUACAAGGACAUCGAAUCCCGGAAUUUCUACAACUCGAUCAAAGAGCAGUCUGGAAACGAUCCCAUUGAAAUGCACAAAGCCAAAAUGGGUCUAUCUAUUCUUGCGAGGGACCAUGCACGCACCCCUAUGCAGUGGAGCAGCUCAUCUCAUGCCGGGUUUACAUCCGGUCCCACGCCAUGGAUGCGUGUCCAUGACAGCUACACGGAAAUCAAUGUUGAGCGACAAUCCGGUGACGAACGAAGUGUUCUUCGGUUCUGGAAGACCUUGCUGCAGUGGCGGAAGCAGUACCGCCAGCUCUUUGUCCACGGGCUAUUCAGGGAGUUUGACCAUAACAACCCAGCUGUGUUCACGUAUCUUAAAAUUUCGCGCGAAUCGAAUCAUGUGGCUGAUCAUGAUUGUCACCUCCAGGCGUUAGUUACUCUCAAUUUCAGCGGUGAGCGACAAUCUUUCAUGAAGCCAGAGGAUCUUCGGGACAACGACCUUGAGUUGCUGAUAACCAAUGUCGAUAUCGCGGAGCCAGAUUCUCUUGCACCGUAUGAGGGGAGGGUUUACUGGGUCAAGAAGACGGCAAAUUCCACGGCCACUUCUUGUUCGACGAGAACCACUGCCGGUCCCCCUUAA